CCAGAGUCCGAGCACUCAGACACUAAAUUAUGUCUGAGCGCGAUUUUCAGGAAAGCCACACAGAGAAACGCGCUUUGAGGGUUAUUGCAAACAACGCAGUUUUGCGCGGAGCUGUCCAAGGUGGGGUAGGAUGAUGGGAUGAAGCACCUGUUGCUAUGCCAAUGUCUACAAAGGAUAACGAGGAUGCGAUCGAUUCAUUUCUGCGUGGAAUGCUAUCAUCAAGUGAUAUAAACGGAUUGCCAACUUUGUUACCUCCAGAUAUUGUUGCGUUAGGUCUGGGCACUUUUUUAUUUUUAUUUAACUUUUGAGUUCAACACUUCGGACGGUCAUCGUUGCUCGAUGCUUACCAUUUAUGAACGCAUUUGAUGUUUAGAUGUUGUAAAUAAUCCGUUUAAUCCAUUACACUGUAGUCAAUUAUUUACCAGCCUGUUCCCCAGAAGGGCCCCUUUUAAUUCAAAAUCGUGAUAUGGACAUGGAAAAAGUCGGCUGCGUUAAUGAAAUGCCACGAGGUGCUGGGAGAAUCGCUCGCGCUGCGGGCUUUGCGGCUCGGUGAUCCGCUGGCACACUUCACGCGCGUCAAUGACGUUGGCUCCGUGGUUAAGACUGGCACGGCUCGCCCUGCUGACUGCGUGUAUUUAUUCAUGGCUGGUGGUUCACGGAUGCGGGCCGGGCCCGGGUUACGGCAGUCGCCCUCGGCAGCGCAAAUUGACUCCAAUGUCUUACAAGCAAUACGUGCCCACUGUUUCUGAGAACAACCUGGGAGCGAGCGGAAAAGCGGAGGGCAGGAUAACGCGCAACUCGGAGCGCUUCAAUGAACUGGUGUGCAACUACAACACUGACAUUGACUUCAAAGACGAGGAACAUACCAAAGCCGACAGGUUCAUGACCAAGCGCUGCAAGGACUGCCUCAAUAAACUGGCAAUAGCAGUAAUGAACCAGUGGCCCGGGGUUCGGCUGAGAGUGACGGAGGCUUGGGAUGAAGAUGGCCACCACCCUCUUGGUUCUUUACAUUAUGAGGGCCGUGCUGUUGACAUCACCACCUCAGAUCGGGACACUAAAAAAUAUGGCCUUCUUGCACAGUUGGCCGUCGAGGCUGGGUUUGACUGGGUGCACUAUGAAUCGAAAUAUCACGUCCACUGCUCUGUGAAAGCUGAUCACUCUGUGGCAGUGGAAAAAGGAGGCUGUUUCUCAGGAUCAGGACUUGUGACAAUGGCUGCGGGUGUGCAAAAGCCCAUGUCAUGUUUGCGGCCUGGGGAAAAGGUGCUCUCCUUAUCUCGGUCAGGUGAUAUUGUUCUCAGCCGGGUUCUUCUCUUUCUACACCGUGAUAUCGAGAGCAGAUCCUCUUUCUUUAUUUUUGAAACCGAAAAUGGAAAACAAUUGUCACUCACGCCUAAUCAUCUCAUCUUUGUGGCUUCUAGUCUCAAAAUGCACCACCAUGAGCAUCGUGCUAUAUUUGCCAAAAGAGUUAGGAUUGGGGACUACAUACUUACUACUGGGGGGCAUGGAGGAAUUCAGCCAUCUAGGGUAGUCUCCAUUUCACUGGAGGAGAGAAUAGGGGUUUACGCCCCUUUAACAGAACAUGGAAACUUAUUCGUGGAUGGUGUGCUGGCUUCCAACUACGCAUCCGUCGAGGAUCACAGAAUUGCACACUGGGCAUUUUGGCCUUUUCGCCUCUUGUUUGGCUUUUUCCAAACAGAGAGGGAUGGGAACUCAAUUAAACCAAGUAAUCCCCAAAUCCCUAUUAUCUAUUCCAGAGAUCAGACCUUCCUCACUGAUAUGAUACACAAUAGCAGCACAUGCAGCAAAUUACAAAAUGCCACAGCUGGAAUGGAAAACGAACACAGUUUUGUACAACACUGUGAUUGGGCCAGUGGGUCAAAAAAGGAGGUUUACUGGUAUGCAAGAUUUUUGCACACUUUAGGACAGAUAUUUCUUGACCCUCAGAGGUUUUACUGAUCAUCUGAUAAUCAAAUACAGAAUAGGUGGACUUAACACCAGUUGUGCCUGUCUGUGGGAACUUUAUCUUUGAAAAGCAUAACUUUUUAAAAACUACUGACCAAAAAUGAAAAUGCAAUAGGCACUAUAUUUGAUAAAUAUUACUCACUGCAUUUAAUAACUAGUAACAUUUAUUUUACUCAUUUAGAAUAUGCGACUUUUGUGCAGAUAUGCAUACUUGUGAAAUAUUCUGUGUAUUUAAAAAAAUAAUUUUAAGACUUAUAUUUUAAUAAUACCCAUGUGGACGAUUUUUUAAUUCUGAAUGUAAACUUGUAUUUUUAAUGUAGCCUAUGUUUUUAAAGAAAAUAUUUUGAAGAGUAAUACAUAUUUAUUUUUAUACCUCUGAAUUUAUAAUAUAUAUUACAUGUUCAACUGUAUGUCCGUGUAUUUCUGAUUGUGGCUUGAGGCCCUUUAUACCAGCAGACAUUGAUCAUUGUUUAUAUUGAUAUUUUCACUUAAAGUUCUUGUAUUGAAUUACGUCGCUAAGUAAACUUAUCUUCUUAGAGUCUUUAUUCAUACUAGAGUCGUACUGAAUACACAGUGUAUAUCAGAUGCCAAUUUGUUACGUUAAUACCAUAUCACCAUAUAACACGUAUGUCCUGUAUUAACUGUUUAAGAUGAACUAAAACUGUUUUGUUAAAAGAAUCAACCAUGUUUUUGACAGAAAUGAAUUACUAGCCAAAUAUUGUGUUGACACUGUGAUUAAAGGGAUACUUAACCCAAAAAUUACAAGUAUUUCACCAUUUACUCACCUUCGAGUUGUUCCAAAUCUGUAUAAAUGUCUUUGUUCUGAUGAACACAGAGAAAGAUAUUUGGAAGAAUGCUUAUAACCAGACAGAUUUAGCCCCCCAUUGACUACCAUAGUAGGAAAAAAUACAAUGGUAGUCAAAAGUGCCCCAGAACUGUUUGCUGUCCUACAUUCUUCGAAAUGUCUUCUUUUGUGUUCAACAGAACAAAAAAAUGAUAAAGUAAUUACUACGGGAAUCAAUGGGGGGCAAGAUAAGCAUUCUUCCAAAUAUCUUUCUCCGUGUUCAUCAGAACAAAGAAAUGUAUACAGAUUUGGAACAACUUGAAGGUGAGUAAAUGAUGACAGAAUUUUCAUUUUUGGGUGAAGUAUCCCUUCAAGUUGUUUUCAGAAGUCAAUGGGACAGACUGGUUUUUACCAAGUGUUUCACGCCCCCUAGUGGACACAAAAGGGUACACCACAGAUUCUUCUGAUUUGCCAAGCCUGGUUUUAAAAAUCCAUUUGUUUUCAAAUUUAACUAAUAAAUUACAAAGUUGUUUAUCUAUAUUCUACACUG